CGUUUCUUCAAUAUGUAGCAACUGCUGCUUCUUCGAAUGCGGUUCACAAAUGGUAACUUCAGGUCCUAGUUAUUGGUAAAUAAAUCUGUCUGACAUCUAAGGAUAAUUUAUAAGUAUUCUUUUUUAUAUACACGAAGACGGAAUUACGCUGUGGACGAUUUUAACGCCGAUGACAGUCAGUUUUGUUGUGGAUACGAUAUUGAGUGAAACUGCAGUAGAGCAUAUUCGGAGUGUUUGGCCAACACGCCUUUGCCCUCUGGUAGUUUGGUGCCUGCAGAAGGGUGUUCAUGUUUGUCCUCCAUCACAUCAGUGAUUCCUUAUGCUUGAUAGAAGCUGCACCAUUUCUCUCACAGGAUGGAAGGUCUGGACUUGAACAGACGUGUGUUUCAACCUCAACGCUAUGUGAUCUACAGUGAUGUGCAGUCUUUUUCCAUUUACAAGAGAACACCUCCUAUUCUACACAUCCAGGCUCUGCACUGUAUGUCUAAAGACUGUUUUUGAGGAAUAAAUAAAAAGGUAGUGGGUGGAGUUACAGGACUUUUCCUUUUCCCCUUUUUAAAGCACAGAUCUAUACUGCUUUUUUGGAAAACAUGGAAAUAUCCUUAUUUUAAACUUUAAGUUAUUGUACCCCCUUACUCUUGGUGUGGGUGGUGGGAUGUCGGAAAAGUUUGGCGACAAAAUGGUGAAGUUUCUGGCUCCCCCUCAAAAGAGUGGAAAUGGCCCUAGUUCGGGUUCAGACUCGAUGGUGAGUGAAAGCCGUCCAACAGAAGUCAGGCGUCGGCAUCACACCAUGGAGCGUGACAGAUGUAACCCUGAACACCGCUUCUUGCGUCGCAGCGUCAUCAGUGACUCUAAUGCUACAGCAUUGGCCCUUCCUUUGCCAAGCAAGAUCCCAAUCCCAGCACCUCAGCGAAUUCAGCCACGUGAAACCACCUCUCAGCGACAAGAGGCUGCUGGUCAUUUCCCUCGAGAUGAACCAAAUUUAUCUCAAAAGGAUAAGUCUGCUGAUGUUGGAAAAGUUGUUGAAGGAAGAGGUGUAGAAAUAGCCAAGGUUGAUGUAGUGCCUUUACAGCAGGUACAAGAUGCCUGUGAUGGAGAGGCAGCAAUAGUAGCCCACUCUACACCAAGCCUUGGAACAGAAUUGCCAAGUCAAACAGAACCUGAAAGUGCUGCUGAGGUAAAGGUACAUCAUGGAGAAGAGGGUGAAGAAGAAGAUAAGGACUCUGCCAAGGCACGAGCUGAGGCAGAACAGAGAGAAGCGGAGAAAAAAGUACAAGAAGACAUAGAAGAAGCAGAGACCAAAGCAGUGGGAACAUCACCAGAUGGGCGUUUUUUAAAGUUUGACAUAGAGAUUGGACGUGGCUCCUUCAAGACCGUCUACAAGGGCUUGGACACUGAGACCACAGUGGAGGUGGCUUGGUGUGAACUGCAGGAUCGCAAGCUGUCAAAGGCAGAGCGACAGCGUUUUAAAGAAGAAGCGGGGAUGCUGAAGGGGCUACAGCAUCCCAACAUUGUCCGCUUUUACGACUCCUGGGAGGGACCCUCCAAAGGCAGGAAGUGCAUUGUACUGGUCACAGAACUCAUGACUUCUGGCACACUUAAAACAUAUCUGAAGCGAUUCAAGGUGAUGAAAAUUAAAGUGCUUCGGAGCUGGUGCAGACAAAUCCUCAAGGGGCUUCACUUCCUUCAUACCCGGGCUCCCCCCAUCAUCCACAGGGACCUUAAGUGUGACAACAUUUUCAUCACAGGCCCAACAGGAUCUGUCAAAAUCGGAGACCUGGGACUGGCUACACUGAAGCGUGCAUCCUUUGCAAAGAGUGUUAUAGGUACCCCUGAGUUCAUGGCCCCUGAGAUGUAUGAGGAGAAGUACGACGAGUCAGUGGAUGUGUAUGCCUUUGGAAUGUGCAUGCUGGAGAUGGCCACCUCAGAGUACCCUUACUCAGAGUGCCAGAAUGCUGCACAGAUCUACCGCAGAGUUACCAGUGGGGUGAAGCCAGGCAGCUUCGACAAGGUGGCCAUCCCUGAAGUGAAGGAAAUCAUCGAGGGAUGUAUCCGCCAGAACAAGGAUGAAAGGUACUCCAUCAAGGACCUGCUGAACCAUGCCUUUUUCCAGGAGGAUACAGGUGUUCGUGUGGAGUUGGCGGAAGAGGACGAUGGAGAGAUGGAAGCUAUUAAGCUGUGGCUUAGAAUUGAGGAUGUAAAGAAACUGAAGGGGAAGUACAAAGACAAUGAAGCUAUCGAGUUUUCUUUUGACCUCCUCAAAGAUGUCCCAGAGGAUGUGGCUCAGGAGAUGGUUGAGUCAGGUUAUGUGUGUGAAGGUGACCACAAGACUAUUGCGAAGGCCAUCAAGGACAGGGUGUCUCUUAUCUGCCGCAAAAGAACACAGCGACAGCAGGUGAGAGAGGAUCAGGAGAAGAGAAGGAUUGAAGAAGAACAGCAAGGUCAGUUAGUGCCAGCACAGCAGCCAGGCCAACAGUCCAGCACAGAGGCCCCUCAGUCACAACCGGUGCUGCAGUCUACUUCAUAUGUGCCACCACAACCAAACCAACACAGCAGUCAGAUGGUUUCCCAACCUCAAUCUCAGCAAAGCCAUCCGAGCACCAAUUACAACACUCCUCAGCCAGCCCAAAUGACUGGUAUGCCACAGGGCUUCUCUUAUGUCCCUCAGUCAACUGGACAUAUCCCAGUACAGGGUCAGAGUGUAGUUGCCGUCCAGCCAGAGUCAGAGGAGCCCGAGGCUGACCAACAGCCACACGCCACAGGAGUCAACCACAUCGCAGACAGACCACCUGCUUCCUCCGUCCCCCCUGAUGCCCAGCCCUCCCAAUCUGGAAUAUCAUUUAGCUCUCCUCCCAGUCAGUCCCAGUUUCAGCCCCAGGUGUCAUGUCCACAGACACAGAAUGACCAAACACAACAGCAGCAGUUGUCAACAGUUCAACCCCAGAUGCAAGUUGUUCAGCCUGAGGUUGUUCCUGUUGCACCCAGCAGCCAGCCUGCUCCAGUUGCACCUCAGCAGUACGGAGUUUACUACCAACCAUCGCUUCCCCCCCAGAUUCCUACCCAGCAAGGGAUGAUACCCCCAUCAUCUCAGUCUUCUCCCCUCCAACAGCAGCAGCCAGAAAGUAGUAUUGGUCUUCAGAGCUCCAGUGUACCACCAGGACAGACUGGGGGUCAGCCACUACAGCCUUGGGCCAAUGAUCCAAGUCCUCCUAUUCUGUCUCCUCCAUUCGACGCAGAGCAACUUUACUUCCUCUAUCAGGCCACGUGCCUCUCUGCUCUGCAGACAUCUGUGAGUGUUCCUCAGUCAACACCAGUGGAGCACCCAGCAGCAUCUUCUGCACAUGGACCACAGUCUGUAGAGAGCUGCCUGUCAGAUGCAGCAUCAGGUCUCAGUGAUGGGAAUGACGGAAAUUCUACGUCAGGGGGCCGACAUGAGGGCCGCUCACUGAAGCGUCACCAGAGACGAUCUGUCCGCAGCCGCUCCCGCCACGAGAAGACUGCGAGGGCCAAGCUGAAUGUUCUCAGUAUCUCUAAUGUGGGAGAUCGAGUUGCAGAGUGCCAGCUGGAAACACACAACAGGAAGAUGGUGACAUUCAGAUUUGACCUUGAUGGUGAUAAUCCAGAGGAGAUAGCACAGAUCAUGGUUCAGAGUGAAUUCAUCCUGGAGAGUGAGCGGGAAUCCUUCAUUGAACAGAUCCGUGAAGUCAUAGAAAUGGCAGACAAGAAAGGAGAGAGCAUGAAAGAAGUCUUUCCUCAGAUGACUGAUCUUCAGCAACAGCCAGAGUUGUCUGUUCCCAUGUUGCCAGGUAUUUCUCCCAGCACUACAGCUCAAGUGGUGCAUUCAGCAGGACGAAGAUUCAUCGUCAGUCCAGUGCCAGAGUCUCGUCUUAAAGAGCAGUUCUUUGGCACUUCCUCUGCUAAUAAUUCUUUUGGAGAUGAACCUGCCCCAGCAGCACCAUUAGGACUGUCUCUGUCUGCACCAUCUGCAACUCUACAGCAGGCUUUCAGUAAAAUGAAGCAGGGUCGUGUAGAGAGAAGCAACACCAUUGACCCCCCUCCUAGUGAGCAAGAACCAGGCCCUGUCACAUCCACGGAGGCUUCCCUUACUCCAAACUCAAAUAAAGUCCUUGUUUCAUCUGAAGUUGGACCUUCUGCUGCUGUAUCCCUCACAUCUACUGUAACGUCCUCACCACCUUCUACAACUGGGAGGGUUUCACCUCCACCUGUAUCAACUCAGUCUCAAACUCAAGUUCCUGCCCCUAAUCUGCCUGCCCAGGUUUCCCAUGAACUAGGCCCCUCUGUGGGCGUCCCUCCCUCAUCCUCCAUUUCUCCUCCAGUCAUGCAGACAUCCAGUCAACUACCCACUGGGUCAGUUUCUUCUGUCGCUGGUGUCUCAUCCAGUACUACUGGCAGUGUUCCCCCUUCAGAGCAGCAGCCUUUUAAUAGCACUGUCUCGUCAUCUCAGCCUAUGAAUUCAUCUAUUCAUGCACCACAGCACACAAACUCUCAAAGUCAGCCAGUACCCAUUUCUACUCAGCCACCUCCUCCAUCUUCAGUGCCCAGUCAGAGCCUCGUUCAGUCACAGCCAGCAGAGAGCGAAGGGGCUGAAGUCCAGACCAAGGCAGCCGGCAGAGAUGACAUCCAAGCUCUGGAUAAAAAACUCCGGUCUCUCUUUAAAGACCAGAGCUCCACCAGCUCCUCAACGUCAGUGGAUCCCAGUCAGAAUACUGGGACCUCUUCACCUCCAACUGGGACUUCUUCCCCUCCCCCUGGACUAGCCCUGGUGCCCCCAUCUAACCUCCCACUCUCCUCUGGGGUGCAGGGGGUUCUGGGUCCCAUAACCACUCCAGGACAGGGAAUUACCCCAGCCGGACAUGCCCAGACGCCUCCAACAAAGCCUAGAGCACAGACUUUACCCACUGGGUUUGAUCAAGCUGCUACUCCUCCUACUGACCUUGUACCACCGUUGCCUGGACCAAAUCAGGCCCAGCAACCACUUAACAACUUGGAUGCCCAGUUGAGGAGAGCCCUGAGUCCAGAGACUGUCCAGGGAGGAAACCAAGUGCAGCCUCCUGCUGCAGGUUUCACACUGGGACGUUUCCAAGUGUCUGUUGCCACUGACAACGCAUCCAGCAGCAUUCCAGAUCCCUCCAGCAUCGUCUCCUCCUCCUCCAUUACGCCGUCCUCAACGUCUUCGUCUUCCUCGUCCUCUUCAUCCUCUUCCCCCUCAAGUCCAGAGAAUACCCUCCACCGUUUAAGUUCUCUGUCCAAAGGAGUCUGUGAACCUGACAUUAUAAAUGGAGCAUCAUCUGUCUCUGCUGGUCCUGCCAGUCAACAAACCACCACUAUCGGGCGCUUCCAAGUGUCCACAAACACCAAUGCAACAGUGGGACCCAGCACUGGCUCGAAAGUGGGCCGUUUUUCAGUCACAGUCACCCCAGCUCCAGCAGUAGGUUCCAGUACGCAGAACGGGCCAUCGUCCUCAACCUCUGACCCUCAUAAAACACAUACACAUUACAGCAGUGACAACGAUGACGACUCAGAGACUGAAGAUGAAGCCUUGCAGAAGGAAAUUAGCCGUCUAAGAGAAAAACACAUGUUGGAGAUUCAGGCCUUGCAGACUCGUCAGAAAGAGGAAAUCGAGGCUCUGUUCACACGUAUGGGAAAACCCCCUCCACCUUCUGUCUUCUCCCCUGCUGUGGCAAUGGCCGGAGGUCGACGUAGGCUCAAGAGUAAGGGCCACAAAUCUGCUCGUAGCAGUGGACAGCCCAGCCCCUCACACCAUGGAUCUCCAGGUCAGAGCCUACUCGGUUCAGAGUUUGUUCCAAAGCAAAGUUCUUCCUCAACAACAGAGUCUUCAGAAAUGGCAGAGGCUUCACAAUCAGUUAGCAACUCAUCAUUACCACAGCUCAGAUCCUCUCCAUCUAUGCCCAUCCUCAGUACUUGCUCCACAGGAACAAGUGGGACAAGCUCCACCGGUGGUUUAGGCCUUUGCCAGAACCACUCAGCGUCCCUGACCCAGGCGGCUGGACACACUGUCCCUGCCUCUCACACCCAGAAGGGCAAGGGCACCUUCACGGAUGACCUCCAUCAACUGGUGGAUAACUGGGCCAGAGAUGCCAUUAGCCUUUCCCAGUGCAAAAGAGGUCCUAAAACUGGAACACAAGCAGCAGCAGCACAUGAUAUUAUUCCUCCAGCAAACAUGGGCCGUAAAUUCUCAGCUCCAGGCUACCUCUGCCCAACACCGUCCAACCCUUCAUGUUCCACAUCAGCUCAACUCCCUAACUCGGCCAAUCCCUCUGUCCCUCUGGGUCCCCGUAAAGGCUCUCUGGGUCCAGUCGCUCAGGGGUUUGGUUAUGCCUCAGCGCCAUACAGUGCUCCUCAGUGGGCAGGACCCACAGGCACAUGCCAGGUCAGCAUGCUUAACCCCACACAGCCUCUAGCACAGUACCAACCACCUACGACGGCCACAGUGGCCCUGCACCAAGGCUACCACAUGGCAACCACAGCAUCCCCACAGAAGUCCGCCAGACCGGGAGGGUCCAACCUGAGGACCACAUAGCCCAGUCCGAGCCCUGGUUUCAGCUGAGACCACACAGGGCAAAGGGAGCAUAACAUCACUGAAUAGAACCACUAGCUCUCUUUGCAGCUUGUUGAUUAACUGGCUAGGUGUUGUGCUUUUUAUUUUUAUUUCUACUUUUAUUUUUCUGUAAUGGGGUUGACCUGUGUGGUUCAGUCCUCUCAGACAGAAAACUGUCUGGCAAUUGGAGGGAGAGUGCAAUAUGCAUCCACAGCAGAAAAGUCUCAUACUUACCUGCCAUUAGCUGUGGAGUGGAACUGUGACGAGUCGGUCAGUUUAGUCUGGUAAUGUAACGACCAAAAGGCAGAACUGACAGCAGCCAAAGAUGUGUUUUGAGAGCAGAUGUUGUAAUGUCAUCAUUCCUUAAAGGUGAAGGUAGGAGGGAUUCUUGAUCACAUGCUGACUUUAAGCCUUGCUGGGAAUGAAGACAGUUGGACUGACAGUGUUUGUAAUCCAAUAGACACAUAGGUUCACAUCAUAUGAAUACCAAACAUUGACCUAGUGAAGCAAUUUGGGAUGGUAGGUUAAGUUUCCGAAGGUAAGGGGAGAGCGCGAGUGAGCAGGGAGUGGGAGAUGGGAGGAGAUUGUGUCUCAGAUGGAGAAGUCGUGUCUGUCUGGUGGAGUUAAAUCUAGUGUGUUAGGAGAAGAGAGAUUUAGUAAGUUAGACAGGAGUGUUGAAUGAACAGGGUCGGAGUACAGAUACAUCUUAGUGGUGACUUAUUGAAGAAAAAUGCAAUAAUAUCAAAGAGAAAGACAGCCUGUCCCUUAUAACUGUGGCCUUAAUUUCGCAAACACAUUUAAACGUAAACUUUGUACAUAAUAUUUCUUCACUGGGUUAUGAUUCCAUAUUUAGCCUAUUUAUGUCCCUGUGAACGUCUGGUGUCAUGUGAUUUGAGUUGUAUAUCAUACAGAUUUAUUAUCAUACUGAGUUAUCUUUCUUGUCAGACACGUAAGCCAGUGGAUCUGCCACGUAAAUAACCCCUGUCCUGGUGUUGACCACCAUUUAGGAGUUUGAAAUCGAAGAGGUGAUGCUGCUGUAGAUCAUACUCUGGUUAGGUCGUUUGCAGGGUGCUUUGUUUUUCUUUUUUUAAGGCAAGAAUGAAAUCUUAAGAAUCCCAGAUUACACACAAACGCACAUGAAGUAGUUCUUUGCCAUGAGACAUGGGCUGUUCAAGGAACGUCUGCUUAUCAUAUCGUACAAAAUAAGGUAGUUGUGGUUUAUUCAAAUGGUUCAGAUGGUGGAAGGGUGUGCUUUUGGACCUGAAGAUGCAUCCGCUCCACUUACCCCAGUUGUUUACACAGGUGUUAGAAGUCAAAUCUGAUUAAAAUAUCUCUGCUUGUAACCUUUAGCUGUCACCUCUCAAAUCACAAGUGUCUGGGGUUCUCUUUCUGUGGUCUGUUUUUGUAUGCAUAUAUUUAAGAAAACAAACAAAAUGUUCUUUAUGGACCUGUAUUCAGCCAUCAGAUUUUGAUGUUGUUUCACUGUAAUUAUUAUUAAAGGUUGUUAAACAACAUGUAGUUUAAGGAAUAUAAAAAGUGCAAUUGCAGGGUUGUUGGUAUUGCUAUCCUACUCACAAUGCAGGAGUGAUCCUGUGAUUUAUUGAGCUCUUCUAUCUAUGACCGCCCUGCCCCCUUUUCUAUUUUAUUGUACAUACAGUAUGUUAAUGUGAGGUAAAUGCUUUUCACAUAAUGUUCAGUCACUAGAGAAUGCUUGUGGUGACCACUCUACAUGCACUCUGAGCUGUAAACAUGAGGAACACUUUAGUGCCUUGCAUCCUCACUAAUGACAAGUUCCAAUUUCAUUUAUUCCUGUAGCUACAACCAUACUGCGGAAAACCACUUAAAAAAAAAAGCAAACCUGUAUACAACAUAAACCCAACAGGUGUCUGGGAGUCAGAGCAUGUAGCGCCCUGAAGCAGCAGACACAACACAGAACUGCAGAACAAAGAGCACACUGCAUACGUAAUGUGGACGCGCUUGUUUUACUUCUCUCUACAGUUACAUUUGUUAGUUGUGUGAUCAGCUGUGUAUUUAUUUCACAUACACACACUGUUUAGCUGGUACUUGUUUUUGUGGAUUUAUCAUUAAACCAUUUCAUAGAAGCACUUGUUUAGGCAGUGAGCGGCCUGUGUAAAGGUUUAAAGGUUGUCACGACUCACGCUGGCUGGAUUUGUUUUUGGGUUUUUUUUCCCAGCACUUCACCCGAGUGCCAUGUCGUCAUUGUGACUCUUUCGCCUGCUCGUAGAUAAACUUCUCUAGAGAAAAAAUAAGUUACUGCAAUGCAGAAUAUGCAAUGUUUAAAGUUUUAUAGGGACUGAGGGGAAUGGAAACAUUUGCAUGCUGAAGAGGGUUGUUACUGACUUCAAUGUUUUUGAUAUUAAUUUUUUUUUUUUUUUAUUCUUUGCCUUCCUGAGAGUCAAAGUGUUAAUUUGUUGAAUUGCCAUUCACCAACAACACAGGCACAACUCCAGUAUCUGACUAUCAGCAUAAGGUUUCUGCAUGCAGCUUCACUGAUGUUUAACCGUACAUAACCGGCCGCUGUACAGCACAAGCUCACACAACGCUACAGACCCACACGCUACUAUACAACUUUCAGUAAAUAUCCUACACAAUCUACUGACACGCAGUAAUAUGUUCAACUGAUUUCUGAUCCCUCCUUACUGACUUCCUGUGAUUCAGUGUCUGUUUUGUGUAUGUUUUUCACAUUGUACAAAAUGUAAAAAACAAAUAAAAAUAUCAUUUAAACUUU